CGUCCCCAUUUGCCAUCUCCCCCACUCAUACAUCCCAUCCGCAUCUCGGCUUUUCUGCUCUUUCCCCUCCUCCCCGCCUCGACUCCAUUGCUCCGUUCCCACCAAAACUUCCACCCCGAAUUCCCCAGCCGUCCGCCGAUUUUGCGCAGUUCGUCCCCUCUGGAGCUCGAUUCGUCCCCGAAGCUCCCAACUCGCCCGGUUCGGUGCCUCGCUGAUUCGCUUCAGUAUUUUUUUCCUGGAUUUUUUCGGUGAUUCGCCCCGUAUGAGCUCGAAUUGGCGGUGGUGUUUCUGAUUCCCGCUCGCCGGAGUCGGAGGCGCGAGGGCAUGUGGGUUUCGCUGGUGUGGAUCUGGGGCUGCGUGGGCGUCACGUUCGUCGACUUCCAGGGCGGGCGGGGAGCCGAUUAGAUCUCUCGGCUCCUGCGGCUGCCGCGCUUGGUUUCAGAGUCUGGGACGUGUGGUCUAGGGUUUUUGGAGGUGUGGAGCCAUGGAGGCGGCCAGGCUCGGCGCGCAGAGCAGCCACUUGUACGGCGGCGGGUUGGGCGAGCUUGACCUGAACAGGCGUGAGAAGAGGGUGCUUGGUUGGGACCUGAACGACUGGAGCUGGGACAGCGAGCGUUUUGUUGCCAUGCCUGUGUCCACGGCGGCGGCAAAUGGUUCGGUUAUGAACAGCUCGCCGUCCUCAUCGGAGGAAGCUGAGGUCGAGGUGGCUACGAAUGGGGGCGUGAGAGGCGACUCUGAUAAGAGGAAAAGGGUGGUGGUCAUUGAUGAUGAUGACACAGAGGAUCAGGACACGAUUGAAAACGGUGGCAGGGCACUCAGCUUGAGAAUUGGGGGUGGAGUGGUGGAGAGCAGCAGUGUUGAUGAGGAGGAGAGAAAUGGAAAGAAGAUCAGGGUGCAAGGGGGUAGCUCGAGUGGGCCAGCGUGCCAGGUUGAGGGCUGUGGGGCGGAUCUUACUGCGGCGAAGGAUUACCAUCGGCGGCACAAGGUCUGUGAGAUGCAUGCUAAGGCCACCACUGCUGUGGUUGGGAAUGCCAUCCAGCGGUUCUGCCAGCAAUGUAGUAGAUUUCACCUCCUUCAAGAAUUUGAUGAAGGGAAGCGAAGUUGCCGGCGACGUUUAGCAGGCCACAAUAGACGGAGGAGGAAAACCCACCCUGAAAUUGCUAUUGGUGGAACUGCUUCAAUCGAGAACAACAUCAGCAAUUAUUUAUUGCUGAGUCUUCUUGGAAUCUGUGCCAAUUUAAACCCUGACAAUGCUGAGCAUUCAAACAGUCAGGAGUUGGUAUCCAAUCUUUUGAGGAACCUAGGGACUGUUGCCAAAUCACUGGAGCCAAAAGAACUCUGCAAACUCCUGGAGGCAUUCCAAAGCCUGCAAAAUGGAUCGAAUGCUGGAACCUCUGGAACAGCUAAUGUUUUAGUGAAUACUGCUGCAGCAGAGGCUGCAGUGCCAUCUAACUCUAAGAUGCCUUUCUUGAAUGGUAGUCAGUGUGGACAGGUGUCAUCGUCUGUUAUGCGAGCACAAUCAAAGGCUACCAUUGUGGCAACUCCCGAACCUACAGCAUGCAAGCUUAAGGAUUUUGAUCUGAAUAACGCUUGCAAUGAUAUGGAAGGCUUUGAUGAUGGGCAGGAAGGUUCACCUACACCUGCCUUCAAGGUAGCUGAUUCUCCUAAUUGCCCAUCAUGGAUGCUACAAGAUUCUACUCAAAGCCCACCACAGACUAGUGGCAAUUCGGAUUCAACAUCAGCUCAAUCACUGUCAAGCUCAAAUGGAGAUGCUCAGUGCCGAACUGAUAAGAUUGUCUUCAAGCUUUUCGAGAAAGUUCCUGGCGAUUUACCUCCAGUUUUGCGGUCACAGAUUCUUGGUUGGUUAUCCAGUAGCCCUACUGAUAUAGAGAGCUAUAUUAGACCUGGCUGUAUUAUUCUAACAGUGUAUCUUCGGUUAGUUGAGUCUGCAUGGCGAGAGCUCUCUGAUAAUAUGAGCUCGCACCUGAAUAAGCUUUUGAAUAGCUCCACUGGCAACUUUUGGGCAUCUGGCUUGGUAUAUGUGAUGGUGCGACACCAAUUAGCUUUUAUGCACAAUGGUCAAAUUAUGUUGGACAGACCACUGGCACCCAGUUCUCAUCAUUACUGCAAGAUUUUAUGUGUCAGGCCAGUUGCUGCUCCUAAUUCAGCAACAGUAAAUUUCAGAGUAGAAGGCUUGAACCUAGUCAGUGCUUCCUCAAGGCUAAUUUGUUCAUUUGAAGGGCAUUGUGUAUUCCAGGAAGACACAGCUACUGUAGCUGACGAUGCUGAGCAUGAGGAUAAGGACACCGAUUAUCUCAGAUUUUGUUGUUCUCUCCCUGGUUCAAUAGGAAGAGGAUUUAUAGAGGUCGAAGAUAGUGGAUUUAGCAAUGGUUUCUUCCCCUUCAUAAUUGCUGAGCAGGACGUAUGCUCCGAGGUUUCUGAGCUGGAGAACAUAUUUGACUCCUCCAGUCAUGAACAGGCAGAUGCUGAUAAUGCCAGGAACCAAGCAAUCGAGUUUCUAAAUGAGCUGGGUUGGCUUCUUCAUAGAGCAAACAGAAUUUCGAAACAGGAUAAAAUCGAGCCACAAGCUGCCUUUAACAUGUGGAGAUUCAGGAAUCUUGGCCUAUUUGCCAUGGAGCGGGAGUGGUGUGCUGUGGUCAAAAUGCUGUUAGAUUUCUUAUUUAUUGGACUUGUUGAUGUGGGGUCCCAGUCUCCAGAAGAGGUGGUGCUUUCAGAAAAUUUGUUGCACACUGCUGUAGGAAGGAAGUCUGUCGGAAUGGUUAGGUUUCUGUUGAGAUACAAGGUGAAUAAACACUUAAAGGGAACAGCACAGACAUACCUAUUCAGACCUGAUGCUCUGGGCCCUUCAACAAUUACCCCCCUCCAUAUAGCAGCUGCCACUAGUGACGCAGAGGAUGUAUUGGAUGCACUGACCAAUGAUCCUGGAUUGGUUGGGAUCAGUGCAUGGAGAAAUGCACGGGACAAAACAGGUUUUACCCCAGAAGACUAUGCUCGCCAGAGAGGGAAUGAUGCUUACCUGGAUCUGGUCCAAAAGAAGAUUGAUAAGCAUUUUGGCAAAGGUCAUGUUGUCCUCGGUGUCCCUAGCAGUAUGUGCCCAGUAAUAACAGAUGGUGUGAAGCCAGGCAACCUUAGUCUCGAGAUUUGCAGGAGCAUGCCAAUGGCAGCACCACUGACGAAGUGCCACCUCUGCAGCCGUCAGGCUCUGACAUAUCCAAGUUCCGCGGUGAGGACCUUCCUGUACAGACCAGCAAUGCUGACGGUGAUGGGUGUCGCCGUGCUCUGUGUUUGUGUGGGCAUACUUCUUCACACCAUGCCCAAGGUUUAUGCCGCACCUACAUUCAGAUGGGAGUUGUUGGAGCGUGGAGCAAUGUAAGGUGUUUUAGGAUGAAAUAAGCGUAGCUGUUGUGUCAGUUGGGAGUUUGUGUGGUGGGCUGGUGGCUAAGAUCAAAGGAACAUCUGACCGUGUGAAGGUCCUUUGUAUUUAAAAGCAGUAUCGUUUAGAAGUUAUGAUAUUUAAGCCUAUAUGCCGUGAAUAUCCCGUAACUACAUUUACAGCCUAACAUGUGGAAACAUAUCAUUCCAUUCCAUUAAUCCAUUUUGAUUGUAGAAGUCAUUCUUUACAGAGCUUCUGGGAACCGUCAGAACAAAACGUAUUCUUGUUUGUAUAUAUUGAGCUCUUGUUCUUAUCUGUA